GCGGGGGCGGUUCCGCGCCGCGGCUCUUUCUCCCGAAGGCCCGAAACUCGGGGCUGAGAACUUCUCCCCGCCUGUGCCCCGUGCACUCGGCGACCCCCGGCUCCCGCACCCCGUUCCCAGCCCGCGCCGCCCCGCCGCCGGCCGCCCGCCGCGCCGCUCUCGGUUACAAAGGAGGGAAAAUGAGCCGGGCGGCGGCGCGGCACGGGGCUACCGCGGCGGCGGCGAUGGCGGCCGCCCCCGGCACCACGUAGAACGCCCCCGCCCGCGCAGCCGCGGCCCAGGCCCGAGCGGAGCCUGCAGCUCGCCGCUCGCCUCCCGAGCCCAGCGCGUCGCCUCCCGGCCGGAGGAGGAGGAGGUGGUGGGAGAGGAGGAGGAGGAGGCGGCGGAGGCGGCGCCGCCUUCUUGCCGCGCGCCCUCGCCGUUGUCUGCGCUCCGCUCUGGACCAGUUUGGGGAAGUUGCCGGAGCCCAGUGUCGCCCAGAUGUGCGACCUCAUUGAGCCGCAGCCGGCCGAGAAGAUCGGCAAGAUGAAGAAGUUGCGGAGAACUUUGUCGGAGAGUUUCAGCCGCAUCGCUUUGAAGAAAGACGACACCACCUUUGAUGAGAUAUGUGUCACAAAGAUGUCUACACGGAACUGCCAGGGAAUGGAUUCAGUGAUCAAACCCCUGGACACAAUUCCUGAGGAUAAAAAAGUCAGGGUUCAGAGGACGCAGAGCACCUUUGACCCAUUUGAGAAACCCGCUAAUCAAGUAAAGAGGGUGCAUUCAGAGAACAAUGCUUGCAUUAACUUUAAGUCCUCCUCCACUGGCAAAGAGUCUCCAAAAGUUAGGCGGCACUCCAGCCCCAGCUCGCCGACAAGUCCCAAAUUUGGAAAAGCUGACUCAUACGAAAAACUGGAAAAACUAGGGGAAGGCUCUUAUGCUACAGUAUACAAAGGGAAAAGCAAAGUAAAUGGGAAGUUGGUAGCCCUGAAGGUGAUCAGGCUGCAGGAAGAAGAAGGUACACCUUUUACAGCUAUCAGGGAAGCUUCUCUCUUAAAAGGACUAAAACAUGCUAACAUAGUGCUGCUUCACGACAUCAUCCACACCAAGGAGACGCUGACACUUGUGUUCGAAUAUGUGCACACUGAUUUAUGUCAGUACAUGGACAAGCACCCUGGGGGGCUGCAUCCAGAUAAUGUGAAGUUGUUUUUAUUUCAGUUGCUGCGAGGGCUGUCUUACAUCCACCAGCGUUAUAUUUUGCACAGAGACCUGAAACCACAGAACCUUCUGAUCAGUGACACGGGGGAGUUAAAGCUGGCAGAUUUCGGUCUUGCAAGAGCAAAAUCCGUCCCUAGCCACACAUACUCCAAUGAAGUGGUUACCUUGUGGUACAGACCUCCAGAUGUCCUCCUGGGCUCGACAGAGUAUUCCACCUGCCUUGACAUGUGGGGAGUCGGCUGCAUCUUUGUUGAAAUGAUCCAAGGGGUUGCUGCUUUUCCAGGAAUGAAAGACAUUCAGGAUCAACUGGAACGAAUAUUUCUGGUUCUUGGAACGCCAAAUGAGGACACGUGGCCUGGAGUUCAUUCUUUACCACAUUUUAAGCCAGAACGCUUUACCCUGUACAGCUCUAAAAACCUUAGGCAAGCAUGGAAUAAGCUCAGCUAUGUGAAUUAUGCAGAGGAUCUGGCCUCCAAGCUCCUACAAUGUUCCCCAAAGAACAGACUAUCAGCACAGGCUGCCUUGAGCCAUGAGUAUUUUAGUGACCUGCCCCCACGGCUAUGGGAACUGACCGAUAUGUCUUCUAUUUUUACCGUCCCAAAUGUAAGAUUGCAGCCAGAAGCUGGAGAAAGCAUGCGGGCCUUUGGGAAAAACAAUAGUUAUGGCAAAAGUCUAUCAAAUAGCAAGCACUGAUGAGCACAGCAUUCUCAAGAAAGCACAGGAUGGAGAAAAUGAAAAGGAGGAAAAAGCACAAGACAAUAGGGAGGAAAGAGCCAUCUGGGUGGAAUAAGACCAUGUGCUCCUGGCUUUGCCUUCCCCAGAUCUUCAGCAGAUUCCACUAAGAGCAUCUCCCAUGAGCCGAAUUUCAGUGGAUGGGUCCCAGGAGGGUGCUGGAGCACAACCAUGGCAGCAUAAGCAUCACCCCUCUCCCUGGAAUUUACAGAAAUCUUGGGGAUUGUGGACGUUCAUGGACUCAGGGAUUGCCUUUUUACCCAGACUCAAAGAUCAGAAAAGCUUCCAGCCACCAUGCGGCUAAUACACAUAUAAAGAUGUGUUAUGACAGGGAGGGGAAAAAAAUUCACAUAUGCAACCUGUGGCCUGUUAAUGCUUGUGGGGAAGUGUUUAGUUCAAUAGAUGACUGAAACCUGUAGCCACAUUUAGUUUCCGGUUAUCCAUUCAUUUUACUUGUCCAGGUUUAUGGUAAUCAAAUAUUUACCAUAUACUGUAUGUAUUUUUAAAGAUUUUCUUUGUUUAUUUCAAACCUUUUACCAAAUCCUGUACUUGCUAUUUCCUUUUUUCAUUUUCUUUGUUAUAAUGUAUUUGUCAACUCCACUUAUGUACGUGGAUGUUAAUGGGUUUUUCAGACUACAAGGUAUGACUAUGCAGUAAUGCAGUUACUCUCAUUGGCCAAAACAAAACCAAACUUCUUUACUUCAUAAUCCUAUCAUAAGCAUUAUGUAUUUAUGGCAUGGUUCAUUUGCCAUGUGACUGAGGGCAGUUUACAAAUUUAUAUAUAAUACAAAAGAUGAAAUAAAUUAUUGACUGUCUGCAGAGCCCCUGACUCCCACGGGUUCACAGUCUCGUUGGAGAGGGAGAUGGAGGCCCACAGAAACCGUGGAAAGACAAGUGCAUUCAGUGUCAAUAUUCUGAAUGGGGAGACACUGCUCCUGGCUGGGAUACUCAGAGUGGAGGUGGGGUUUGAUCUGAACCUAGACAUGUAGGUAGGAUAAUGGAUAUUGUGGGUUCGAAGAGGGUAGGUGGACAGACAGGGUUCAGGCAGGAGCCACCCCAGCACAGAAUCGAUGCAGGGACAGCUGGGGUGCGCACAGGGCAGCACGGGCAGAUGGCUGGAGGGUGGGUUUCUUAGAAAGAGUGGAAGGUAACGCUGAAAAACUGAAUUUACUUCCUUUAGAAAUCAAGACGUUUGCCGUAUAAUUUAACAGCUAACCUGACUGGUGAGGUUCUUGAAAUGCAAGACUUAUUGCUCAAAGCAGUGCGUUUUUCUACAAGACCACACAGAGCACAGUGAGAAAUAACUUUGUAUUUUGAUUCAAGGUAACAGCUCAAGCUAUUUUUAUGAUGGACCUAAUCCUAAAACAGCUUUGGAGCGAAGGUACCAAAAUCAAACUUUUACAAUUAAGUCAGUCAGCCUCUUCAUUAUUUUAAUUAUACUCUCUUAUUAAUAAAUCCUUACCUUUACUGUUUCAAAACAGCUUGAGGCAGAUAAAAAAAAAACAACAAAUAAGUCUAAGAUGGCUUUUAAAAUCUAACAUAUGAGGAGCGCCUGGGUGGCUCAGUCGUUAAGCAUCUGCCUUCGGCUCAGGUCAUGGUCCCAGGGUCCUGGCAUCGAGCCCCACAUUGGGCUCCCUGCUCAGUGGGAAGCCUGUUUCUCCCUCUCCCACUCCCCCUGCUUGUGCUCCUGCUCUCAUUAUCUCUCUCUCUGUCAUAUAAAUAAAUAAAAUCUUUAAAAAAAUAAAAUCUAACAUAUGAUUGGAAAAUAAGUAGUUAAACUGAAUAUUAAAACACCAAAGCUGUAGAUACUGCUAAAGUCUUCUUGGCUUUCCCCACAUAGCCAGAACAUAAGAAAUAAAAUAUGGGUCUUAGUUGUUUAAAUUUGUGUAUCAAUAAUUUCUAUUAACAGUUCAAAAAUGGCAUACCAACAUGAAACGUAACUACAUUUUUUAUAUAGCACUAAAGUAAAAAAUCUCCACGGAAGUCGAGAAGCAAAUUAGCCAUUCCGCCUUCUCCAAGCUUGAUACUUAAGAAAGAUUAGCUUUUUCUCUUGGUAUCUGAAAUGUUUGUUAUUUUUUAAAAACUCGUGAAAGAGAAGCACAUAAAAGAGAACAGUCACUGCCUUGUUUGGCAGGCAAAUGGCAUUAGCAUGGACAGACUUGCUGGAAACCCCUCAAUGGAGGAGUUUAUAACACAUGGAAACAUUAGAUUAUAUAUAUUCUGACAAAAUGCUCUUUCUUGCAGAAGAGCAUCUUCUUAAAGCAAUCCAACAAAAACAUCCAAGUUCAGGUUUUCAAAAACUUCUGUUCAAAUCCCACAGUCCCAAGUUGACUUCAUUCAUUCAGUUACUCCAUAUGUAUUUAUUUAAUGUUUCAUGUAUGUACAAGAAAUUGCGCUGGGUCCAGUGUUCUCUUCAAGCACCUAUUUCUCUAAAAAUCUGUAUUUGCAUUAAUAAGUACCUUUUCAUUUUUUUUCUUUAUUAAAUAUUUCUUGUCCCUGCAAUCCCAGCAAUCAUUUGAGCUUUAUGUUAAAGGGAAGUGAUUUUGUUGUCGUUUCAGUGAUACCUUUACAUUCCUUUCCCUCUGAGGGAUGGCCUCAUGGAAGAGGUAGAAAGACUUUUUGGAGAGGAAGGGAGAGGUCAGAGGCAGGAGACUGGGGAGUCCAAGCUUGGAGAGGGGCUCUGUGAAGGCACCAGUUGAAGAGGAAAUGGGAAGGAUGAACGAGAGCAGGUUACUGUGAACUGGGCUGGGAGGCAGAAGAUAAGGGAGCCAGAGACACGGGACACCCAGAGGCCUAGGGUAGUGACAAAGAGCAAAAGCCCCGGGGUCAGACUCCCAGCUUCAAAUCCCAGCCUGGCCACCUGCUGACUCUGUAACCUGGAGAAGCCGAUUACCCUCUCCACGCCUCUGGUUCCUCAUGGAUAAAAUGGGGAAGAUAGUAGUAACAAUAAUAACUGUAUCUACCUCACUGGGUUGUCAUGAUGAUUAAAGGGAGUUAAUACACAUAAAAGACUUAGAAUAGUGUCAGGCCCGUAGUAAGUGAUCUAUAAAUUUUAGCCAUUAUUAGGGUUCUAGAACCCUCUAGAGAAGAGACAUACAGUCUGAGAGGACCGCCUCGGUUUGGGCGUGUGGUGCUGCCAAAGCCCCUCCAGACUCCCUUCUCUGAGAAGUGUUGUGCAUACAGUAAUACAAAUUAUGUGUUUAGAACACUUACAUAGGGGCUCCUGGUUGGCUUGGUCGGUUAAGCGUCAGACUCUUGAUUUCGGCUCAGGUCAUGAUCUUGGGGUCCUGGGAUUGAGCCCCAAGUCGGGCUCCCUGAUCAGUGGGAAGUCUGCUUGUCCCCCUCCCUCUGCCCCUCCCCCUGCUCUCACCCUCUCUCUAUUUCUCUCUCUCAAGUAAAUAAAAUUGUUAAAAAGAAGAAUACUUACAUAAUUGUUCCUCAAUUGUCAUCUGUUUUCAAAAAAAAAACCAAUGUAUCUGUAUGUUCCUAGAAGUAGCACCGAUGGGAUUCAUUGCUAUCGUUCACUGCUCCCAGUAGUGAUGAUUUCCCCCCUGACCAACAAAGUAGUUAGUCAGGUUGUAUUAAAUGUGCUGUACAAGCCCGUAGCCAGUGAAAGCAGCAAAGAAGAUCUUCUUGCUAGAAUGUAAUUAUAUUGUCUCCCUGGGUCCCUGAAAUUGCUCCUCAUGUCCAACCCAUGUCCUUCUGGACCAGACAGUCUGGAAUAAAUUGGUGCAAGGAAGUGUCUAGGUUCUUUAGAAGCCAGCACAAGGUUUUAUGAAGCUGCUGGUGGUUUUGCAAUGUAAGUAUUCCUAAUAAUAGGCCGAGGGUUUAAAAUUCAGGAGUUUAGGCCCAAGAGGAAAAUAACACUGUGGUUAUUCUGAAUUACUGAGAAAUGAAGUGGUCCAUAUAAGAAAAAACUUUACAUAAAUGGAGUUUGCAACUUUCGGUACACAAACUAAUUGCUGUUAUAACCAUUUUGGAUAAGCACAUGCAUAAGGAAUUCAUUAAGGUUUUGAGAUCCCAAAUCAUGGGCUUGAGUCUUACAAGUAACCCUUAACAAGUUGCAUGAUCAUAUUGUGUUUAUAUUGUCUAAGUGUUAGUUUCCUCAUUUGGGAAAUGGCAAUAUUAAGAGCAUCUACCUCAUAGGGAAGCUAUAAGGAUAGAUUUCAGGAAGUGCAGAUAGCAGGCAACAUUAUCUGCAUUGCAGGACAUUGGAAACACACUAAAUGUCCAAUAAGAGGUGAGUGAUCGAGUCAAUUAUGGUAUAGCCAUAUGACGUUCAUUAGCUUAACAAGCCAUUCCUUCACUGAUGUAAAAUUACAGCCAACUGAGAUCCAAAACUAUGAGGAAGUCUUAACUUUGUGGAGUAGAAAUAACAAUUAUAAUAACUAAUAUUUCCACAAUGCUUAGAUGCCAGAUCCUAUGUAAGUCUUGCACUUAUAACUACUUAUUAAGUCCCCAGAACAAUCCUCAAGGAGAGCUACACAUGCGGCUGCUAGGGCAGGGUAUGGUUAAGAAAUAUGCCGGGCUGGUAAGUGGCCAGGCCAGAGUCAGGGCAAAGGAAUUGGGAGAUGUGUGUGCAGUUAGGAAGUCGGGUGGACUCCACAUGGCCCCUCCAAGUCCCACCUUUGAUUUCCUAGACAAAUGUAGAAAGGCCGGGCUAUGUCACAGAUGAAUAAAAUGCACCAUUAUUGCAACGUCGGCGUUAAUAGGUGGCCCGAAAUAUGGAUGGAGACUGCCAUCCUUGGAACAGAAAGCCCUUCCCGUCUCGAUCGGCGGCCGGUGAUUCUGCAAGCCCCACAUCCAAUUGCAGACCACUUUUCUGCCUGCCGUUACCGAACACAAACUGUGACGUACCGAAGGGGGAUCCAAGAUGAAUUUGUAAAACAUCAUGUCAGGUCCUUUCUAGUCCCAGUAUCCCCUGGUGAUCCAAGGUUGGGGUCUAAAAAAAUAGAACAGAACAGAGAAGAGGAAGGAACACCAACUUGCCACAGAUACACAUAGAGUGAAGGCGCUAUUUUUGUUUAAACGACAGACAGCCGAGAAACAGUUAUUUGAUCCCUGCUGCUUGAGGGACAGUAGGGAAAGAAAGGUAUUUUUGUGAUCACUCCUCAGUGUUCCCCGUGCGGCUUGGUUCAUACAGUCACAACAAAACCCAAGCUCUAAUAAUACAUUGCAAGCAACCACAGAUAUGGUGCAAGCAUUAUGCCGAGUAGCAACUAACAUCCAGCUUCUUUUUGAUUACUUCCAGGCCUGUGACAUUUAGGAUGCAGCACAUUUCUUCUAACCUCAGAGAACUCACAGAGUUAACAGCAUCUAAUAAUCAUGUGCUGACAUAGAAACUGUAAGGAAUUGGUGUCCUUUAUCUGUCUUUCAUCACAUUUAGAGUGAAGGGGUGAAUGAGUGCCAUAUUAGGAGUCCAAAGAUACGGGUUUUGGACUAAAUCUAACCUCAUCACCAACUAGCUGUGACCUUGAGCAUGUCGUCUAAUCUCUAUGAGGCCUCUGGCUCCCUUUCUCUAAAAUAAGGAUAGAGUUUUGGGUCUCCAGAAGCCCUUUCAACUCUCAUAUUCUGUGCUAAGUCAUCAGGGAGUUCUGGCUAAUAACAGUUUCAAAAGGGAAUAGCGUUCAUCCCAUCCCCCCGGUAAAAUCAGACAGCAGGAAGACCAAGAAAGCGGACAUCCCAAAUGCUUGUAAAUGUUUACCCAUCAACUGGGGAUGGCUCAAAUAGUUAUCAAAGUAGGACUUGCACCCCCUUUUCUGAAAGGAGAAGCGAGACUCAGCGUGCGUUUGAACAUUUUAAAUGUCAGUUGCCUCUGCAUUGUUUUUAUUUUUAAAGUUCUCUCUAUAGCAUCAUCAUUCUCAAAGUUAGUCAGUCAUGGCAUUAUUGAGGAAUAGAAGCAUGAAUGUUUUUUUUUUAAUCUCACCCAAGUCUUUACUAAGUGUUAUUCUGUUGCAGCAUGCUUGAAAAUGUGUGGGUUUGGUCAACAAGUGCAUACUUCUUGAGCAAAACGCAAAAGAGCAGUUUUCACUGUUUUCCUUCUACUUUUGUCAGUGCCCUUCACUGUUAACUCUCCCAAACCCCACAAACCAUCUCAAGUGAGCUGUUUGCCAAAUGCCGGUUUCCCUAAUCAGGAGGCGGCGUGUUACUGACAGCCUUAUGUGUAGAAGGUCUAGAUGUAGAGACACUGGAGAAAUGCAUAUCUGGAUUUCUAUACAGAUUUUUUUUUCACAGAAGUCUAACAACUUCAUGUAGUCAUAUCUUAGGAAAGGAAGUGUGUUGGGUAGCUUGAGCCUGCUACCCGUCCAGGCUCUGUGUGUCUGCUGUGAAAGACCAAAUAUCAUCCCAGUGGACCUGACCGAGUUGAACGUAAAUUCACCAUUGAGGAGCAACUGGCUUCAGAAUUAAUAAAAUUUAUGAAUAAAUAGGAUGGCCUUGCAAAGUGGCUGAACUAGAAGUGCCUCUUAAUUAAUUUUUUAAAGCAAUGUAGCAGGCUUUAGCUGCCCUCCUGAUGACAAAAUUUAUGAAAUGAAAUUAUUUUGUAGAAGGCGGUUGGAUGCCUUUCCAUUUGCAUUUUGCAAGAUUAGAAAAUGAAUUUAACCCAUAAGAGGAUCAUAAUAUAGAGCCUUAUAUUUUUGAAUAAGAUGCUGAUCCAGCCUAGAUGGUUGUUGGGGCUGGUUUUACCAUCCAAGUAACUGGGCAUUUUCCCUUUUUAUUUGUAAGGUCUCUGAGUAUGUGGGAAUGUGUUUGUCAGUACAUCUCAAUUUCAGGUUUUGUUUUCCAUACUCCCUGGUUUCUCUGACCUGUCCCAACAACACAGCUCAAUCUGCAUCUGAAGUGAUUACUUGUGAAAAUUGAGAGAGCUGGGCAGCCUGUGUGCUCCUGGACCCACUGGUGAAGCUCAUUAAAGAAUCAAUCACCAGUGAGGGCAUUCAUCCACAAGGGCUGAAAAGGAAGCAUCCAGAUCCUUCCUUCACUUGAGAAUAUAAUUCAGAAAAGCGGAAUAGUUUUCAGUUGUUGCUCACUGAAGCUCAAUUUUGAGAAGUCACCAUAAAAGAUGAGGCUGAGAAUUAUAAUUGGGUCUUUGGUAUAGACAAAUUGUACUGUCUUUUGAUUUUUUUUUUUUAUUUUAAAUUCCCCGUAAAAGGUCACUGGAUACAAAGACAAUCUCUGAAUUUAUUGAAGGGAAAGCUACAAAGCUGUUCUAUGCAGCUCUAUAUAUGCCUGUUUGUAUUC